AUGUACCAAUCCAAUGAGUCCAACUAUUCGAUCGAUCAUGGUCAACCACUAACUAAUAUCAAUCAGGAAAAUUUACUGUCAUCCAACGAUGAUAUCAAAAAAACUAUAUGCGAUCCUGAUACAUUAAUUGCAGGGAGAACUUCGGAAACAGUAUUUCUAUUAGAUAAUAAUGAAUUAAAUUUCAUUGAAAGUAGGAAUCUUGAAAUACAAGAAGCUGUUCAAGACACUAUAGAUACUAUUGUAAAUGAAUCUGUGAGUAUCAAUGAGAUUCCAGUAAUAUCACCAUGUACAAGUUAUCUUAUAAACAAUUCGGAUAAUUUUACCUUAAAUGAUCAUUGUCAAACUGCACAAGCAACAGUGCCAAAGAACUCAUUGACUUCGUUACAAUUUGUACAUGAUGUUCAUCCUUAUAAAAAAACACAACAUGAUAAAGAUAUUAUUGAUAAUGUGAUGGACAAAAGUCAUUUAUCGUAUGUCAUGCGUAUUCAAGGAUACAAGACAAAAGUCGACAAAGGAAAAACUGUUUUACCCAGGCUAAAAUCUCUAACUUAUAAGCUUUUGAGCUCAAAACUAAUUAGAUCACCAUUGAUCAAAUUUUUUAAAUCAAUGUUUCAAAAAUUAGCAUAA